UACAAGUAAAUCAUUACUCUCUUGAUCUGGUUAAGUCUCUGUGAUCUAUACAUCUUCUCUCUAAUGGAUCUUUACCUUCUCCUUGUGAUAGUUGCUACUGCCAUCUUUACGCUUUUGUGUAGUAGAAUAUUUUCUUUUGUUUAUGGAAAGUUCAGAGUCCAAGAAAACAAAAUAAUUGCUUAUUCUCCUCCUUCUUCAUCAUCUCCACCAUCUCCCCAGUCGUCUUUGCCUAUACACGAUGUCUUCCCGAGUUUCCACGGAGCAGAUGUCCGUAUAUCCUUUCUCAGCCAUCUUCUCAAGGAGUGUAGGAGCAAAGGAAUCAACCUGUUCAUUGAUAACAAGAUCAUUAGAGGAGAGUUUAUCGGCCAUGAGCUCAAGAAGGCAAUCAAAGGAUCAAGAAUUGCGAUUGUGUUGCUCUCGAGAAGAUACGCUUCUUCCUCUUGGUGUCUUGACGAGUUAGUGGAGAUUAUGAAGUGUAAAGAAGAGUCAGGUCAAACGGUGAUUCCUGUUUUCUAUAAAGUGGAUCCAACUGAUGUCAAGAAGCAGGCCGGUGAGUUUGGGAAAGUCUUCAAAAAAACUUGUAAAGGUAAAACAAACGAGGUUAUUAGGAAAUGGAGUCAAGCUUUGGCACAAGUGGCCACACUCGCUGGUUACCACUCUAAGAACUGGGAUAAUGAGGCAAAAAUGAUAGAAGAUGUUGUCACUGAGGUUGCAAAGAAGUUGUUUAACUCCACUCCGUCAAGAGAUUUCGACGAACUCAUUGGGAUGGAAGCUCAUAUGAACAAGAUUUCGCCGGUUUUACGCACAGAUUUGGAUGAAGUGAGGAUGAUAGGGAUUUGGGGUCCGGCUGGGAUUGGCAAGACCACCAUUGCUAGGUGUCUGUUCAAUCAACUAUCCCAUACUUUUCAAUACAGUGUCUUUCUGAUGAAUGUCAAAGCAAUGUGUACUCCACCGGUUUGUUCAGACGACUACAAUGUGAAGUUGCAUUUGCAGCAAAAGCUUUUGUCUCAACUACUCAACCAGAAGGAAGAUUUCGAGAUCGCUCACUUGGGAGCUGCACAAGAAAGACUGAAUGACAAGAAAGUUCUUGUUGUUCUUGAUAACGUUGAUCGGUUAGUACAACUAGAAGCCUUGGCCAAAGAAACUAGGUGGUUUGGUGAUGGAAGUCGGAUUAUCAUUACGACGCAAGACCGAAAGAUUCUGAAGGCACAUGGGAUCACUGAUAUUUACAAGGUUGGUUUUCCAUCAACUUGUGAGGCUAUUCAAAUGUUUUGUAUGUAUGCUUUUGGUCAAAAGUCCCCUGAAGAUGGUUUUGAGAACCUUGUAAGGGAAGUUACAGAUCUUGCCGGUAAACUCCCUUUGGGACUAAGGGUUAUGGGAUCUUAUUUUCGUGGAAUGCCAAAGGAGGAGUGGGAAGACGCACUACCAGAGCUAAGGAUGUGCCUUGAUGGAGAAAUUGAGAACAUUUUGAUGUUCGGUUAUAACGCACUAUCUCAUGUAAAUAAAGAUUUGUUUCUUCAUAUAGCCUGCUUUUUCAACCUUGAAAGGACAGAGAAAGUGGUAGAGCAUCUUUCAAAGAGAUUUUCUGAUGUGAGGCGAAGGCUUAACGUUUUAGCGGACAAGUCUCUCAUCUCUUUCGAAAGGGAAUAUGUGACUAUGCAUGAUCUGCUAGCCCAGCUGGGUAGAGAUAUUGUCCUCAAACAGUCUACUGAGCCUGGACAACGCAAGUUUCUGUUCGAUAAAGGAGAUACUUGUGAACUACUGGCUGAUGAUGCAGCGGGUAGUAGAAGUGUUAUUGGCAGAAUGUUCCGUGGAGAUGAAAUAAAUGUUAGUGAGAGAGCCUUUGAAGGAAUGUCUAAUCUCCAGUUCUUAAGAUUAAGAGCGGAACGUGAUGCUGGAGGAGAUGCAUUUCAUCUAUUUGCUGCACCAAGAUAUUUAUCUCAUAAACUUAGAUUACUAGAUUGGAGAUGCUUUCCGAUGACAUGUUUGAAUUGUAUUCCCAACCCAGAGUUCCUAGUGGAACUAAUCAUGGUUUUUAGCAGACUUCAGAAGUUGUGGGAAGGAACUACACUGCUUAGCAAUCUCAAGUGGGUGGAUUUGAGUGAUUCAAAAAACUUGAAGGAUGUUUCUAGUCUCUCAACUGCCACUAAUCUAGAAGAGCUAAGUCUCAAAGGAUGUUCAAGUUUGGUGGAGCUUCCAUCUUCUAUUGGAAAUGGCAUUCAUCUCAAAAGAUUGGAUCUCACAGGGUGUUCAAGUUUGGUAGAGCUCCCUUCCUCUGUUAGUGCCACUAAUCUCAAAGAGUUAGAUCUCAAAGGAUGUUCAAGUUUGGUGGAGCUCCCACUUUUUAUUGGAAAUGCCAUAAGAUACGUAGAGAAAUUGGAUUUUAGUGGUUGCUCGAGUUUAGUGGGAAUCCCUUCCUCUAUUGAAAACGCCACUAGUCUCAGGGAAUUGAGUUUUAGUGGUUGCUCAAGUUUAGUGGGAGUCCCUUCCUCUAUUGGAAAUGCCAUAAGAAACGUAGAGAAAUUGAAUUUUAAUGAUUGCUCAAGUUUAGUGGGAGUCCCUUCCUCUAUUGGAAACGCCACUAAUCUCAAGAUAUUAAAUUUUAGUGGUUGCUUAAGUUUAGUGGGAGUCCCUUCCUCUAUUGGAAACGCCACUAAUCUCAAGAUAUUAAAUUUUAGUGGUUGCUUAAGUUUAGUGGGAAUCCCUUCCUCUAUUGGAAACGCCACUAGUCUCAAGGAAUUGGCUUUUAGAAGAUGCUCAAGUUUAGUGAGAGUCCCUUCCUCUAUUGGAAACCUCCAUAAACUAGAAUCGUUGUUUUUGAGUGGAUGUCGUAAGCUGGAGGUUCUUCCCGUCAACAUCAACAUGAAAUCUCUGAGUUUACUUGAUCUCACUGAUUGCUCCUUGAUGAAACGUUUUCCUGAGAUCUCCACGAACAUCAAAUCUAUGUAUCUCGCUGGAACUGCGAUUAAAGAAGUGCCUUCAUCGAUCAGGUUGUGGCCUCGUCUUGAUGUCUUGUAUAUGUCAUACAGCGAGAACCUCAAGGAGUUCCCUCAUGUUCUUGAAACCAUGACAGGUCUGUUCAUGAGCAACACAAAAGUACAAGAGAUUUCUCCUUGGAUCAAUAGAAUCUCUCGUCUUCGUCGACUUGUACUCAAGGGAUGCAAAGAGCUCUUGUCAAUACCACAGCUUCCAAGUUCCUUAUCAGAGAUAGACGCAGAAGAUUGUGAGUCUCUGGAGAGACUAGACUGCUCCUGCUUUCUUAAUCAAAAGAUUGAUCUCAACUUCGCCAACUGCUUCAAACUGAAUAAAGAAGCCAGAGAUGUCAUCAUCAAGUCAUCGACUAAAUAUAAUGUUACGAUCUUACCCGGGAAAGAAAUGCCUAACUACUUCAAUUAUCAAGCUAAUGGAGGUUCCCUAGUAAUGAAGUUGAACGAAAGGCCUUCACCUUCAUCUAUGAUAUGGAAGGCUUGCAUCUUGCUGGUCUGUAAAAAUGAGGUUGAAGCUGCUAAAGGAGAAGAUGUGGUCGUACAUCAUGGGAUCAAACAGAAUAAUAGCCUUGUCUUGUGCAGUCUAAGUUCCCACAUUCUGUAUCGUCCUUUAACGGAACAUCUGUACAUCUUUGAAUUCAAAACAGACGUGACUUCAGACGAACUUUGCUUUGAGUUUGGGGUCGACAAAGAAGAAUGGAUGAUAAAAGAAUGUGGAGUGCACUACCUUAAUACCAGUUGAUGGGUUAAUAAAUGUAAUGUUGUGUUUUUUUUUUUUUUUGUGUAUGAUUAUCAAUCAUCCUUUUGCGGUGGGUAAUGAGCUCGCACUUAAACUCUAUGAAUAAACGAGGAACCAAUUCUCUCAUACAUUUUGGUUAUCUUUCUAACA